GAAAUGCGUGAACCGCUGUUAAAUUCAAACUGAACCAGUUGGCCAAAUGCCAAUGCCGAUUGCUCCUAGGCUCCUCAACUCUAGCUCCAGCUCCACGAUGCUUCCGGUCAGCGGGUCUAGCCGAUCUAGUCCGGUUCCAGCCAAUUGUUAACCCAAUUCACGAGCGGAGUUCGGGGAUCAGAUCGCCGAUAGGAGUAUAUAAGGCCCACAAUCGGUUCAACGCGCAGACACAAAUCGCGCACUGAAGCUCCAGUUAAGACGUUAUGGCCAGAUAUCAGAGUAGCAUCCACUGCCUUGGCGGGAUCGGGUUCCUAGUGGUCCUGUUCAUAGAUCAGUUGGCCAGCGGCCAGUUCGUUCCUGGCCCGAUUUCUGCGAUUCCCCGACAGCAGAGAUCUCUCUUCGGUCCGGGACCUCCGCCGGGAUGGAGCAGUGGUGGCCUCAGCCACGGCUGGAACGCUCCCAGCUUCGAAUUCAGUCACCUGCCGCCAUCCUCCAGUCCACAUGUGACCAAGGACGAGUUGCUGGCCCUGCUGGCCGCCUGGAAGGAUGUGGCCGUGAAGCCCACGACUCCUGCGCCGGAACCAGAGCCCGAAGAGCCGGAACCCGAGCCAGAGACCACAGCAGCCCCGCCGCCGGAGGAUCAGGAUGAACCAGAGCCGGAACCGGCGGCACCAGAAGCGCCAGCUGGCCCACCACCCGGUGUUCCCGUCACCGUAUCCCUGCCCGCCCUGGUGCCCAUACAACUGGCAGCCAUGUGGCAGCAGCCGGCGCCAGGAGCAGCGGCCGGUGGACUGGGUCCCUUGGGGCUGGGAGGCUUGGGUCUGGGGGGUGGAAUCGCCUUGAACAACCUUGGCGGUGGUGCGGCUGCAGCAGGAGCUGCUGCAGCUGGAGGCGGAGGAGCAGCGGCCGCCGGAUCCGCCGCAGCGGCAAGAUCCGGACUUGCCCGUCCCAGAGCCCGAGCAAGGAUCGGAGGACGUGCGUCUAAUGCUCAGCCUGCCAUUCGCUUCCCGGUGGCCAAUCCGCGCAGCUUCACCUCAAACAACUAUGUGGCCCCCAGGCCACGUUACUAUCGCGAUACGGAGACAAUGCGCGUCAAUGUAAUGGCCCCUCCGCCUUAUCAAAUGCCCAAUGUUCAAGGGCCGGUUCAGCUUGUGCCCGCCUACUGGCAAUAGUUCGUUCACCUCUUCAAGUCUUAUAAUCGUACUGCC